AUGUCACGUCCGUCUUUACUCGACUUGCGAUCGGACUCGUCAAAUUCGAACCUCUCUACAGUCUCUAAACCCUUGCGCUCACCUCGCCUUCAUGUCGCUGGUGAAGUACCCCCAGAGUUGUCCCCACUGGACGCUUUCGCCAUGCAGAGUCGACUGCUCGCAAGGCAACUUCAAGAAAGCGCCAAGGAGGGUAACCGAAUGAGUCGCCUGCCCCCUUUAACCACAGAAAGUCCUUUGAUUGUCCAGGGACGUUCAGAUUACUUUCGCUCUUUAUCACAAGAUUCUGGCUCCGAAGCUGGUGACCACCCUCCUCUACGACCCCCUUCCGGCUUUGGAAUGAGGACUGAAGUAGAGGAUGCAUUCACCGACGAUGCUGAGCGUCCUGUAUCGAUGCACCCACGAAUGAGCCGGAUACCGCCCACUCCCGAUCAGGAGGUGCCUGCGAUACCUCCACGAGCUCCCUCUAGGGGACGAAUCUUGGACCAUAUCGAUGAGGCAAGCUCGCUUUACGGCGCCAGAACGGAACGAUCACCCUCACCUUUAGUUAGCGAUACGCAAUCCCAGUCAGAUAGACGACUCGAAUCAUCUCCAUCCCGGAAAGAAGACAAUGCUUCAUUGCUCUCCGCUCGAAGACCGAGCGGUUCAGUUAGUGGAUCUAUCGCCGGCUCACCAGAUAAGCCCAAAAUGCAUUCUUUUGAUGAGCUUGGUCUUGCACCACCUCAGAACCUGUUCCCUCAGAGAAGGCGUGCGCCCAGCAAUGUCUCAUCCCCAGCAAUACCGUCCGAGGAGGAUCACAACAUGGCGGGUUCUUUCCACUCAUUGCCUCCACGAAAACUGUCAUCUGCAAGUGCAAUGACAUCGCCAGCAGUUGGAUCUUAUCGACGAUCGCCUUCCAUCGGUUCCGAAUCAUCCGCUCUUCCUCGACCCUCCUUCAACUUCUCAAGACCUAUGAGCAGGUCUGGCACACCUGGUAUGGAGCCACCCCUGAGACAAGCUUCCUCUGAUAGCCAACCUUCGUUCAUAUUGGCUGAUGACUCGGCUCAUACACCAGUGAGCAUGCAUAGUGAGGCCUUCCUUGACCAGCAGGCCGAAGAUCGAGACAAGGGCGCACCGUCCUAUAUCUACUCUAAAUUUUCGCUCCCACGAGGCAAAGCCAUCCAGCGAACAGGAUCCGAAGAAGAAACCGCCGAGGCGCCUUUCGACAGGCAACAGCCCAUGGUCCCCCCCAGCGACGUUCACAAAUUCGAGACUGCUCCUCCCCCGUCACCCCCGACCCGACCUUCGAGCUCUUCGGCCGAUAUCGUUCCAGAUGACUCUUUAGCAUCGGGUAGCCCGAUGCCGAAAGCAUCAAUGGAAUUGAGAAAGGUUCAGUCUGAGACAACACCACCUCCUAUGCCAGAACUGUCCCCCACGCCGAGCAGAUCAGCUGAGGAAUCGCGAGCUUCGGAGGAUGCACCAAGGGGUCGUGGACGAGAUCGUACUCCCCUAUCAAUAGCUACAAGCGAUACAGCAAGUACGAUUAGACCACCACCUACUGCUCGUUCGACAGCGCCUACUGCUUCAGAGAUGACAGCGGAGGAGCAUCUGUCAAAGGGUAUCGCAUGCCAUGAAAGUGGAGAUUUGAAGGAAUCAACAUAUCAUCUGCGCUAUGCCGCUCGUUUGAACGAUCCGACCGCCAUGCUUCUCUACGCGUUGGCUUGCCGCCAUGGAUGGGGCAUGCGCGCGAACCAGAAAGAAGGUGUGGAAUGGCUCCGAAAAGCCGCUGAGUACGCUAGCGUCGAGAUCGCGGAUGAUGAGAGCCAUGCGAAGGAAGGCAAGCAUGUCGAUGUGGUAGAGCGAAGGACUCGAAAAGCUCAAUUUGCCUUGAGCAUUUACGAAUUGGGAGUGAGCCACAUGAAUGGCUGGGGAAUUGAGCAGGAUAAAUCCCUGGCUCUACGGUGCUUCGAGAUCGCUGGUAACUGGGGUGAUGUCGAUGCGCUGGCUGAAGCUGGUUUCUGCUAUGCUCAAGGUAUUGGCUGCAAGAAAAACCUCAGGAAGAGCGCCAAGUUCUAUCGCAUGGCUGAAGCCAAGGGCAUGAGCAUGGUUGGGAACAGUUGGAUCCACAAGGCCAAAUACGACGAUGACAACGAGUCAACAACGUCCAAGAAAGAUAAAAAGAAGGCCAGGAGCAAGUCACGUACCAGAACCAUGUUUGGACUCAAAUGA